AUCUCACCCCGCUACCUGGAGAAAAAUCAGGUGCGGGAAAGCUGUGCUACGAGUUGAGUCUCGAUUCAAAAAACAACUUUCCUCCCUUCAGUGAGGAACGACAUCGCAUCUGGUUGCAGGUUGUUGCGUUGUGGAAGGAAAAAGGAUUCGACAAGUUCAACUACAAGAAGACAGUGAAAUCCAUCAGCAAUUUGACGAAGUAUUUUCCUCGUUCGGUUUUGCUCUGGAUGGUCAAUCGAGAACGCGCAUCCAAUGAGCAUUCGUUUAUCGAAACGUGGAAAAUUGCAGCCAAGGAGCGGGACCGACUACUGGCUUUGAAGUACGCAAGUAAUGACACACAGAAACUGUUGAAGGCACACACAGCCAAAAAGCGGUCCAGAAAGGUUCGUGGAACUCCGACGCCUUCUCCUCCAAAUGAUAAGCGGUACUUGGAACCCUUGUCUUUUGUAUCAAUUAUUGAUAGUUUUGAAGUUGGGCUAUGUUAUGGUGACGCAUACAGUUGAUGCUGUAAUAGUGCAUACUGGUGCUAGCCCUCUUCCAAAAACAAGAAAUGCACACGGAUGAGAAAGCAGCACUCGUUGCGAAAAAUGAAGCUCGUUGACCAUCAAUCGCACAGGUACUGGGUGGCUCUCCCCGUCAUACCCUCCAAUAUCCCUAAUUAAGAAAACAAAUUGCUGCUUUAUUCUUUGCAGUGUUCGAGUUCUCUCUGUGUGCAUUUCCUGAGCUUUGACGAACCACCUAGUAGUGUUCUAUCUCAUGAUACUCAAGAAGUGAUGGUCGUUACGUGCCUUUUUUUAGGUACCCAUCAAUUAUCAUUCCUUCUUCAACCCUCAGCCCCAACAUUUGCGGCACACCCGCGAAUACCAUGGGUGGACGUGGUCGCACGGUAUAUCCCGCUGACCUGCUGACGGGAUCAUCUGCGGUUGAUAUCAACAAACUAAUUAUCGACGACAAUUCACGCGGUGGAAACACGACGAAAAAUCACAACCAGAAUCCCCAGGAUGCGGAAAGUGGCGAUAUCAAGAUUGCGACUGGAGAAAGUAGUAGUAGCAAUUGCACAACUACACAGCCCGUUUUCGUCAACACUUUGAACAAGGCUUCCGAGCAAGGCAAAUGCGACGAACUGGGAACGCGGAUGGCUUUCGCGAACCUCAACCCUGAUCAAGCCGCUGUCCCUCCCAAGGCCACAUCCGCCUCUUCCUCCUCCACCUUUUCCUCUUCAGCCGCUAGCGCCUCGCGGAUGACCAAGGACACCUUCGCGCAGCAGGCAACUACACCAACAACUACAACAAUUUCUGGAGAAGUAUUCCCCCCAGAGACCAAGUCUUCUUCCACGCUGCUACCAACGGGGCAAGGAUGUAAGGACGAGGUCAUGCAUAACGACAACGCUGAUGGAUCUUUG